AUGCUCGCUGCCGCGGACAAGUAUGAGUUGCCGUCGCUGAAGCGGUACGCUGCGCAAAAGUUGAAAGCUUCGGCGGAUGAGUUUUGGGAUACGGAAGGGUUUACGAAGGCGAUAUUCCAGGCGUAUGCGCCGAAGUCGAACGUUGAUGAUCUGGCGAAGAGGGUCUUGGUUAGAGUCGCGGCAAAGCAUUCACCCGAGUUAAGCGAAAGGUCAGGGUUCCAGCAGCUGUUGGACAGAUUGGGAAAGUUUAAUACCGAGUUUACCGAAGCGAUGGUCAAAAAAGAAGGGGAUGAAAGUGGGCAUUUACCAUGUCUGUAUUGUGGGUUUGUUAGUGAGGCAUGUAAGUGCUCGAACAUCUAG